CCUCAGCAACUGUGAGGCGGGAGUGUCGGCGAGGGCGGGCGAUGCGAGGCCCCGCCUCGGCCUUGCCCGUGUGCCCGCCCUCCGGAGACAGCGCCUCAGCUUCAGUCGUCGGGAGAGCAGCGGCCUCGGAGCCAGCAUGAGCGGCGCGGGGGCCCAGGCGAGAGCGGGGCCCGGGCCCGGCGGGGACUCGGAGCCUCCUUCGCCGCCUCCUUCUCCCUCUUCUCCCCCUUCCUCCUCGCAGCCCAUGAUCAGCGUGGACUUGGCCGGCCUGGUGUCGCAGUUCGCGCGCAGCUUCGCGCUGGUCUUCCCCGUCUACGUCCUGGGCUACUUGGGGCUGAGCUUCAGCUGGGUCCUGCUCGCCUUGGUCGGCCUCUUCUGGGUCCAAAGGCACCGCGGGGGAAAGGCCUCCCGCCUGGGCCGGGCGCUGGCCUUCCUGCACGACGAGGAGCGCGCCGUCAGGCUCACCGUCGCCACCGGAGACCUCCCCGCCUGGGUCCAUUUUCCAGACACAGAAAGAGCAGAAUGGCUAAAUAAGACUGUAAAACACAUGUGGCCUUUCAUUUGCCAAUUUAUUGAAAAACUUUUCCGGGAAACCAUAGAACCAGCAGUGAGAGGAGCGAACAAUCACCUGAGUACUUUCAGCUUCACAAAAAUUGAUAUUGGGCACCAGCCCCUUAGGAUUGAUGGUGUUAAAGUAUACACUGAAAAUGUGGAUAAAAGGCAGAUCAUUUUGGAUCUUCAAAUCAGUUUUGUUGGCAAUUGUGAAAUUGACCUGGAGAUAAAGAGAUACUUCUGCAGAGCUGGUGUGAAGAGUAUACAGAUUCAUGGUACAAUGAGAGUUAUAUUGGAACCUCUGCUAGGAGACAUGCCCUUAAUUGGAGCACUGUCAUUAUUUUUUCUUAGGAAACCGCUUUUGGAAAUUAACUGGACAGGACUGACAAAUCUUCUGGAUAUUCCAGGACUAAACGGUUUAUCAGACACUAUAAUUCUAGAUAUAAUAUCCAAUUAUUUGGUGCUUCCAAAUCGGAUCACUGUUCCUCUUGUCAGUGAGGUACAGAUUGAUCAGUUGCGGUUCCCCAUACCAAAGGGUGUACUAAGAAUACACUUCAUUGAAGCUCAGGAUCUUAUAGGAAAAGAUACUUAUCUAAAGGGAAUGAUUAAGGGAAAAUCAGAUCCUUAUGGAGUCAUUCGUGUGGGUAAUCAAAUUUUCCAAAGCAAAGUCAUUAAAGAAAAUCUCAAUCCAAAGUGGAAUGAAGUUUAUGAGGCCUUAGUGUAUGAACACCCAGGGCAGGAGUUGGAGAUUGAGCUCUUUGAUGAAGAUCCAGACAAGGAUGACUUUCUGGGAAGUCUAAUGAUAGACCUAACUGAGGUUGAAAAGGAGCGCUACUUAGAUGAGUGGUUUACUUUGGAUGAAGUUUCCAAAGGAAGAUUGCAUUUAAAAAUUGAGUGGCUCACAUUGAUGCCUACUGCAGGAAAUCUUGACCAGGUGCUAAAAAGCAUAAGAGCUGAUAAAGACCAAGCAAAUGAUGGACUUUCGUCAGCAUUACUUAUCCUUUAUUUGGAUUCAGCAAGAAACCUACCAAGUAUCUACGAGGGAAACUUUGGGUGUGGAUACUUAAAAGAGAGGAGAGCUUCGGGACUAGUCUUUUGUGAAAAUACUACCUCACUCUAUAGAGCACUAUUUAAUAAUCCAUUAGAUUAUAAUCCAGACGCCUUGAAGAAGCCUGCUGUUCAGAAAGCUCUAAAGUCAGGAAAGAAAAUAAACAGCAACCCUAAUCCCCUUGUCCUACUCACUGUUGGACAUAAAGCACAGGAAAGUAAGAUACGCUACAAGACCAAUGAACCAGUCUGGGAAGAAAACUUCACUUUCUUUGUUCACAACCCUAGACGGCAAGAGCUAGAAGUUGAGGUCAAGGAUGAACAACACCAGUGCUCACUGGGAAAUUUUAAGCUUCCCCUCAACCAGCUCCUUGCCAGUGAAGAUCUAACUAUGCACCAGAGAUUUCAUCUUAACAAUUCCGGUCCAAACAGCACUGUAAACAUGAAGAUUGCACUCAGGAUCCUUUCUCUCGAAAAGCAGGAGAGGCCUCCAGACUACCAACACACCGCCCAAGUGAAGAGGCCCUCUGUUUCCAAAGAUGCAAGAAAAGGUUCCUUCAAACCUCAGGUUCCUGUUUCCCCAGCAGUCAGCUUGAAGAAGCCCCUGGCUCCUGCAGCAGCAGACACUGACAAAAAGACUGAGGCAGUUGAAAAAGGCCUUCCCUCUAAUCCUAGUCCUCAGUGGCCAACAGAUCUCAGCAGGAGUUCUUCCAGCCUCCUGGCCUCCAACUUGAGCUAUUCUCCUAGCCAUCUUUCAGUCAAAGAGCCAACACCAAGUAUAGCUUCGGACAUAUCCCUUCCCAUUGCCACACAGGAGCUGCGGCAACGGUUGAGACAACUUGAAAAUGGCACAACGUUAGGACAGUCUCCAUUGGGGCAGAUUCAGCUAACAAUUCGUCACAGCUCGCAAAGAAACAAACUUAUGGUGGUGGUUCACACAUGUAGAAAUCUGAUCGCCUUUUCAGAAGAGGGGUCUGACCCUUAUGUUCGAAUGUAUUUAUUGCCUGAUAAGAAGAGAUCAGGAAGAAGAAAAACCAGUGUUUCAAAGAAGAAUUUAAAUCCAGUCUUCGAUCAGGCCUUCGAUUACAGCGUUUCAUUAGCUGACCUGCAAAGGAGAACACUAGAUGUAGCAGUGAAAAAUAGUGGUGGUUUCCUGUCCAAAGACAAAGGGCUCCUGGGUAAGGUAUUGAUACCACUGGCAUCUGAAGAACUUUCCAAAAAUUUUACCCAGUGGUAUGACUUGACUGAAGAUGGAACGAGGCCUCAUGUGUCGCCAUAGGAAGUUGAUUGCCAGAAGCUCCUGUUCCCAUACUUUUGCCAACCUUUAUAUAUUUUAUCAGCAUUGUUUCACAGAAAUGUACCAAUAUUAUUUUUUAUAACUCUUAGUUAUUAGGCCCACUACUGCUCCCCAACAGUUUUAUAACACCUGGACAUUUUAUGUAGGCUUAAGUCAGUUUAACUGUAAACCUUCUUGUCUUUAUUUGUUACAACUGUUUUAAUGUGCAAUAGGGUUUGUAGAGUAACAAUGGAACAUUUGGGGCGGGCGGGAUUUAUACCCUUGAGAAAAGUGAGAUGAUGUUUACCUGUUUUUCCUAUCUUGUUUAGCUUCACACCAAGGUGUUUGCUGUGUAAAUAGAUGCUAUUUUUUAAAAUGAAUUUUCCUUAGUGGUUAGAGGGAAGAAGAAAACGUCGUAGCAAAGGGAUAUUUUCUUCCAAACCAGUGAUCUCAAAAUUUGGGUCCUCCAGAAGUUUUGGACUUCUGUUCCCAGAAGCCUCAGUCAACAUGGCCAAGAGUCAGGGAUUCUGGGACAGGAGGUCCAAAACCUCAAAAAGACCGAAGUUUGGGAAUCACGGCUCUAAACACAUGCUGUAAAAUCUGAAGGCCAUGUUCUAGGAAGGGUCAUGGCAGCAGAAUGGUCUUAAUUUUACUAAUAGAGAUUAAAAGUCUGGCGAAAUCAACACGCCAGUUAGCCCAUAUAUUUCCAGCCUAAAAGGCUUACAAAAAGGGAGAGUACAAAAGAUUAACUUUUUUGAUAUUUAUAUGAAAAUGUAUUCUUGAAAUUUGAUUCAGAUAAUGCAUAUAAUUCACAGAUUCCAAUAUUAUAAAGAAGAUAUAUAUAUAAAUAUAUAAAUACUGUAUUUAAAAAGUCUAUCAAGGUCCUAAAAUCACAAUAUGUUCAUUUGGAGUCUCUAUAAUGUGAAAAUGGAAGGCUUCGGUAAUUUAAUGCACUUUGCAGCCAUUGAUUUCCCCAUCCUUACUGCCAAGAAAA